AAAAAAUGUCUGUCUGUUUGUACACGCUAAUCUCCGGAAUUACUGGAUGGAUUUUAAUGAAGGUUUUUUGUUGCAUAGCUAUGAGGCCGAUGCAAUAUAAAAAAUAUGAUGCAAUAUUUUUGAAAACUAGAAUAGCUUAUGUGUUACUCUAACGGACCAUCUAAACUAUAAGAGUUAUUGAAACAAUGUCCUAGCAAAAGUAGUUCACACUGCUAAGCAUUUUCUAUUGAGGUAUAAAAUUAAAAGGAAAUAAAAUUUUCCUUUCAAAAUUUAACUAUCAACUUAUAACCUCAUUAUACACAAAUUAUAUCACCAUAAAAGCUUGUCGCGAGGUUUACUUGUGUAAAUAAACUAGUACCUAUUUAAUUGAGUUAAAUACUUAUAGGUACUUACGCACGUAAUAGCUUAUUGUAUAUUGUCAUCCAAACUAAACGGGUAUACAAAAUUUCAGCUCAAUCGGUUGAAGAUAUCUGCUUCAAAAUUGAGUAGCAAGAUUCCACCCGAACAAACAAACAAACAUACAUACAUACAUUGCAAGUUAAACAAAAGCUUUUAAAAAUCGAAGAUCUGGAACAUCUCAUGUACAAUUUAAGUAACACAUAAUUAACUGGAAUCAUACAGCCCACGCGAACGAAGUCGGGGGCAUCAGCUAGUAAAUAAUAACCAUGCCUAUAUACAUUAUUUAAAUAUAAAUUACAAUAAACGACCUUGUGAAACGAAACACAUGUGCUAUAGCGUUAUGUAUACGUUACAGAUUCGACAGUAUUCAUAUAGAAUUCGUAUUGGUCACAGAAAAUAAAUUGGUUUUCAUAGAAAAUACUUCGAAUGUGACAUGAGCUGUAUUUUUUUGUCAAAAUGGCAAAUACUUUGUCAAACUGGCCUUCGCCAUUUUUGAAACAAUGCUUCGUAACAGCAGGAGUAGCUAUCAACCUGUCACAGUUUGGGAUCGUCGCAGCGUAUGUGGUGGUCAUAUUGCCGCAGCUCAAUCUGCCUGGAGCUGACAUCGUCAUGGAUGAAGAGACUGCCUCUUGGUUCGCUUCCAUCCAAGGCUUGACUCUCAUAAUCGGGACUGUAAUGAUCGCUCACCUGAUGGGGAAGUACGGCAGAUGGGUGACUAACGUCUGCAGCGCCGGGCUCAUGUUCACUGGCUGGGUGCUCAUCGUGGUGGCUGACAGUGUCGCGUGCCUUAUGCUGGGCCGGUUCCUGAAGGGGAUCAGCCUGGGUUUAAUCAUAGCUCUGUGCCCCGUCAUCAUUGGAGAAUGCGCCAGCCCCAGGUACAGAGGCUCGUUCCUUGCCUCCACUACAGCCCUCUUGUCCAUAGGAACAGCCUUCGUUCACUUCAUCAGCUUCCUCUUACAUUGGAGAACUGUGGCCUUAUUGUGCGUGGUUAUUUCGUUUAUAAAUUUAUUAAUUAGUAUAUACUCGCCAGAAUCACCUAGUUGGUUGGCGACUGAAGGACGAUAUGAUGAAUGUAGAAAAGUCUUCCGUUGGCUUAGAGGUCCUGAUGAAGAAGAAGAAUUACAAAAGAUGAUACAAGCCAACAUGACGGAAAAAACUGUAGAGAAAGAAUCCGUAUUGCAAGCUAUAAAAAAUAGAAUCAAUAUAAUAAAAAAGAAAGAAGUAUAUAAGCCAGUUAUAAUAGGAAUACAUUUGAAUAUCUUGUGUUAUUGGUGUGGACUUCCGGCGAUCUCUUCCUUUCCUAAUGAAGUGAUACACUCUAUUGUCGGAAUUGGUCAUAAUACCCCAGCAAUUCUUAUCACACUAGAUAUUCAAAGGUUGAUUACUAACACUAGUGCAAUGUAUGUAGUUAAGAAAGUUAAGAGAAAAAAUAUGCUGCUUACAACAAUAUCUUUAAACGCAGCAUUGUUUUUUGUUAUAGCUGGAUACGUUUACGCUAGAGAACAAAGUUUAUUACCGUUUGAUCAUCCUCUUAUAGGCGUAAUACUUCUUCACAUUCAUAUGUUUUCUAUGGCAAUGGGAGGGUUACCAUUACCAACGAUAAUUUCUGGAGAAAUAUAUCCUUUGAAAUACCGUAGUUUUUGUAGUUCUGUCACAACAACGAUAUCAUCAAUCAAUCUAUUCCUAGCCUAUAAAACGUUUAUACAAACUGAGCAAAAACUGAAGAUUUUUGGAGCUUAUAGCAUAUAUGGUUUGAUAGUGAUAUAUUGUUUAAGUGUAACGUAUCAUUAUCUGCCAGAGACUAAGGACAAAACCCUUCUGGACAUCGAGAACGAAUUCAGAGGAGCACCAGCCAAAUCUAAAGAUGUGGCUGCAGAAGUACUGAUAAGAAGUGAUGGUGGAUCUGAAAUAUGAUUAAAUUUAUUUUAAGUAGCGAUUAAGUACUUCUUUUUAAAACAUUAUCAUCUCUAGAUUUUCCUUGUCAUGGGAUAACUACAUAGUAAGUUCGUAUAAAAUAAAACCGCCCGCCGCGGCUGUCUGUUUCUAAGAUUUCUUCUUUUAAGCCAGGCAACGGUUUCUAAUGCAGUUUUCACUGUUAUUUAGACAAUGUAUUAAAUAAAGUUACAACGCAAAAUAGUAUAAGAGGCUGCUAUUAGACCAUGCAAAGCCGGACUGCCUGUAAGGGUAAACUGUUGAAACUUGUAUGUGCUUGGGCCACAAUACCUUGUAACUAUACAGUUUACUGCAAUAAAGAUAUUGAAUUUAUUGAAAAUACAGAUUUAUAAUAUAUAAUAUUCAUUUUAA